AUGCUUGGAUGGAUCACCGAAAAGCUGAAGACGGCGAGAGAUGAUUCUUAUUUGGAUCCCACCAACAUCAGGCAAGUGCUCCAAAAUACUUCAGGGAAACUGCAGAAGCAUCUCAACUACGAGCAGGAACUGCGAGCGAACAAGAACCGCCUUGAUGAAAUUAACGCAACCGGAAGUGCGCUGGUGGAGGAGAAUCAUUACGCAGCACCACAUAUACGGGAACGACUGGGUGAAGUGAACGGAAUGUGGGAUGAAUUAGUGGACGCAACCGCAAAGAAGGGAGCCAAACUGAAGGAAGCCGGCGAUCAGCAACUCUUCAACAGCGAUUAUCAUGCGCAUCAGGAUCGUGUUGAUGUGAUCGGACAGCAAGCAAAAGCUUUCUCGGAUGGUGGUCAUUUCGAUGCUCCAAUGAUUUUGCGUAAGGAGGAGGCUCUGAAGAGCAGAUAUAACGCAUUACGUGAUCCACUGAAUCGGCGAAAGGAGAAGUUGGCGGAGUCCCUUCGUGGCAAUCAACUUUUCCGCGAUAUUGAUGACGAGCUGGCUUGGAUUCGAGAAAAAGAACAGAUUGCAGGAAGCUCAAAUCGAGGUCGGGUUUGUCUAAUUGAGCCUGUUUCUUAA